AUGAAAGAGAAAGGAAGUGUGGUUUUGUUUGAGGAGAUGAUGGCGGAAGGAUCCACAGGCUUCUCCGGCUGCCUUUCCUCAGCCCAGCCAUUCAUCAUCUUACAAGGACAUUUUGUGGAGUUCAACCUCGGGCUGCUGCACUCACUGCCUCCUCACAGCCCCCCAGACCUGCUGUUGACAGUCACGCCUCUCUCUCUGACAGUGCCGAGGGGGGCGCUGUCCGUCCCGGCUCAACCGCUGACAGGUCCACCCUGUGCGGUGAUUGAUAAAUUAGCCAAGCGACAGCUGAUUGGGGUGAGCAGACCUCAUCAUCAGAAAGUGAUGGCUUUGUUUUUUGGGUUCCUUUUAUACCUGGGUGCUGAAAGCCCUCAGGCUUUGGGACUGCAUCCAUGUGGGGAGGUGUGUGACUGCAUUAUUGAAAUCAGGUUCCUCAACUGCUCUAACAGGGGAUUCACUGCUGUGGAGGGAAACCUCCCCCCUGACACAGAGCACUUUGAUCUGUCCUGGAACUACCUUACGGGGCUCCACCAGGGGGAUUUCAGACUGCUGUGGAACCUGAGGGUUCUUUUCCUGAAUGACAACAACAUCAGUGUUGUGACAGGAGGGGCUUUCUCCUCCAUGGAGAGCCUCCAGAGGCUGGACCUGAGCCACAACCGGAUCUCAGCCCUGAGCAAAGGUUUCUCCCUCGGCCUGGGCUCCCUGAGGGAGCUGCUGCUGGCCCACAACAAGCUGACCAGCCUGGAUGGAGAAAGCUUCCUGCACCUGGACGGCCUGCUGAGACUGGACCUGAGCAGUAAUGCUAUUCAUUCAAUCCAGGUGAGGGCCUUUGCCCGCAUGAGCGCACUCCGCCAGCUGCACCUGCGCAAUAACCAGCUCAGUUACCUAGACGACGCCGUGUUCUCCACCCUCUGGUCCCUGGAGGUCCUCAACCUGCGGGGUAACCGCAUCAGCAGCACAGAGGUGGGGGUCUUCACACCCCUCAAGAGCCUGGCCAUGCUGGACCUGUCCCACAACCGUCUGAGCACCAUCCAGUUUAAGACCUUCCUCAGCAUCCGCACCUACAGCACCCACAUCCUGCUGGCGCACAACCCCUGGAACUGCGACUGCGACCUGCAGAGGGUGUUCAGGAAGCUGCGCAGCGUGCACAGGCUCUUCCUGGACGACUACCUCAACCUGAGCUGCGGGGAGCCGCCCGAGCUGCGGGGCUACUGGCUGAGCCAGGUGGACACAGAGCUGUGCAUCGCCGAGACCGUCACCGUGCUCAUCAUCACCGUCACCGUGGUGAUCACCGUGCUGGCGGCCAUCGUCAUGGCCGAGAGGAACAAGAGGAAUCCCACAGAUUCCAAGCAAGGCACAGAGGAGAACAAUGCACUGGAAGGUGACUCUGAAGACUAG